AUGGCUUCCACCCAAGAGGACCAUGCGGUAGCGGGAUUGGAUGAGCCACGGUACCCGGAGCCAGUGGCAUCGGCGGAGAGACGAUCCAGGGUCAGCAGUGAAUCUUCUCGACAUUCUAGGACAUCAGGUUUCUCAUGGUUCCGACUCAGCGCGGAUGGCCGUCCUUGGGGGCCGGUUGAUGAGCUUAACCUCUACAUGGGCACCGCUUUCAGCAGCAUUCCCGACGACAAUGAGUCGACUCGAUCGCCUUACUUUUCCCCCUCAACUAGCGACCGUUCAACCCUCUCAGAGAAGGAUUCUCCAUACGUGGCCGACUGGGGGGAACCGCGGGAUGCCGAAGAUUCGAUGCAUUGGACGAUGAGGGUAGUUGCCUCAUCCGCUCCCGCUCCCGCCGUACCGAGCAUUCUUAAGGAGUUUAACGCCCCUGAGGGAGUUCUUGCUUCUCUUAUUGUGUCCAUCUUCAACCUCGACUUCGUCUUUGGUCCAGUCCUUGGCGUCUUGCUCUCUUUUCGCCUCCUCAGCGGAUGUGCCGGUGCCGCUACACUGUCCAUCGGAGGCGGUACGAUCGCCGAUGUUGCACCUCCGACUUUGCGGGGCCGGGCCGUGGCCGUCUACUCCAUUGCCCCACUGCUAGGUCCCGUACUUGGUCCGGCAGCGGGCGUUUACUUAGCCGAAUACUGGGGUUGGCGAUAG